ACGAUGAUCAAAUAGUAGUUUGUUGUGUAGAUGUCUAAGACUUGUAACCGACGAUCCCGCAUGACGAAAGCAUGUAAACGACAGUAGGAAGGAAACACCGGGAGUAAGAGCUCGGCGUGCGUGUUGUAGUGACAGUUGUGCAGCGGCAAGCAUUCCAUUGGCAUCAGCCAUGGCUCUCCCAGGCGCUAACUCUGCUGUAUUUUAUGUAAUCGGUAUGGGAUUGCUAGUGCAAUACUUCUCUGCUUUAUACUUUUUCUCUUCAACUGGCCUGGGAGUGAGGACGGGAGAACUUCUGGAGCCCAGCGUCUCCACCAAGAAGGCCACUUUCGGGAUGGCAUGAUUUUGGUUUCCGGAGGCCCAAUUUGGUGCUGCUCAAGGAGUUAUCCGCACCAGAGUGGGCUACUCCGGGGGAUCAAUGCUCAACCCAACCUACCGUAACCUGGGAGACCACACAGAGACGGUGGAUGUGGACUAUGAUCCACAGGCAACCAAUUACUCUGACCUGUUGAAGAUGUUCUGGGACAACCAUGAUCCCACAGCUAAUUGCACCCGCCAGUAUAUGUCAGCCGUCUUCUAUCAUGAUGAGGAACAAAAACAUUUAGCUGAGAAGACACUUGAGGAAAAGCAGAAAACAACCUCUGAACACAUCAAGACGUCCAUCCUUCCAUUCAAAGAAUUUUAUGAAGCUGAAGACUACCACCAGAAAUAUCAACUGCAGCGCCACCCUGCUCUUGUCAAUGCCCUGGAUUUGGAGCCUGGAGAGGAACUAAUUAAGAGCCACGUUGCCGCACGCAUCAAUGGUUAUGUGGGUGGCUAUGGCACAGUAUCCAGUUAUGAUAAGGAGUGGAAAACAUGGGGCAUCACAGAUAAGAUGGCUGAGUACAUCAGAGAGCAGGUUGUGGCAUCUACCUAGUGGAAACUAAUUUUUUUUAUAAAACUUUUUAUCUCUUACCUACUACCUAAUGUUAUAUCAUGGUGUGAAUACAUAUUUAGUUUCAUAAUGUUUUCUGGCUAUCUUAUUUCAUUUAGUUAGUUGUUCGCUUUUCCCCACAGGUUAUUCUCUUUUCUAUACUGCCCAGGUAACAAUUAACAAUACAUGUAUUCAAUUUGAGACCAGGGAAACUUUACAUACUGCAUCAUUACUGUAAUCUGUACAGACUUGUACAUGGAUAAUUUUAUUUACCAGGCAAUUGAUAUCUUUGACUGCUGGUAUUAUAAUUUGUUUUAUUUGGUCACUAUUAGCAGUUGUAGGUAAUGUGUAUUGUAUGAAAGUAGAAAUAUUGAUGAUGAGAAGGAAAAGAAUGGCAUUUUCCACAUGAAAAAAUGUCCCCAACUGCAUCUCCAAUCCCCCAACAUUCACCUUGCAAUAGAACUUUGUGUGUGCUCUUGGUGCCAUGCUGAGAAGAUGGUCAAGGACAGAUCAGCCUUAAUGAUAAAAUAUUUGCUUUUUGAGUGUGAGAAUAGCAGUAGUGCAGAAUUGAAUGUGUGCAGAUAUAUGAUAAUUGAAGUGUGAUAAUGUAAUAGUUUUGCACAUUAUAGUUUUUAGUCUUUAUGAGGAGAAUAAGAAUUAUAAAGCUAAAAGCAAAGAUGAUAGGGCAUGCUAUGAAUGUAGAUGCAUGCAUGUGAAUGCUUGAUUUCAGCUCUGCCUUAUUGGAGAAUGUUGGUCUGAUGCAUGUAUAAUGAUAUAAGAAUAUUUGAAGGAUAGAUGAUUUUCAUGGCAUGGAAGCCACUAGCACAGCAGCCCACUACCUCUCCCCCAGUGUAUUGCAAUAGUGCCCUAACCACAAGAUCCUAUCUGGGAAUGCUAAACCAGAGGCACUUAAAUAUUGGUACUAAUUCUAUAGUAUGAAUAGGAUAUUGUAUGCUUGAGUUGCUUUUUUAAUGAAUUACUU